AUGGAUAUACGAUUCCCGUACUCGCCGGCGGAGGUGGUAAAAGUCCGGCGGGUUCAGUUCGGCGUACUCAGUCCGGAUGAAAUCCGGCAGAUGUCGGUGGUGCAUAUUGAUCAUAGUGAGACGACGGAGAGGGGAAAGCCCAAACCCGGCGGUCUAAGUGAUCCGAGAUUGGGGACGAUUGAUCGGAAAUUGAAGUGUGAAACCUGUACGGCGAAUAUGGCAGAAUGCCCCGGCACUUUAGGCACCUUGAACUUGCAAAGCCGAUGUUCCACAUUGGCCAGGAGAAUUAGGAAUCCCAAGAAUCGACUCAAGAAGAUCUUGGAAGCCUGUAAGACCAAGAGUAAGUGUGCCGGACGGGACGAAAUAGAACUUGAUGGGCAAGGUGAAGAUGAUUCUGAUGAAUUAUUAUCAGAGAAGAAGCCGCCGAGGAGUGGUUGUGGUGCUUUGCAACCCAGUAUUUCGAUUUAUGGUAUGAAAAUGGUUGCUGAGUUCAGGGUUCAGAAGAAGAAGAAGAACAAUGAUGAUCAAGAUCAAUUGCCUGAACCUGUUGAGCGAAAACAGGAGCUUUCUGCUGAGAAGUUCCAUAUAGCCACAUACUUUGACAAGGAACUUCCAGGGCUCCCCAGAGCUACACAGAAAUAUGGUAGACCUAUCAAAUCAAUAUGUAGCAGAUUGAAAGGAAAAGAGGGUCGUGCUAGAGGUAAUUUGAUGGGGAAAUGGGUCGAUUUCUCUGCUCGGACUGUGAUCACCCCUGAUCCAACCAUCAACAUUGAUGAACUUGGGGUACCUUGGAGCAUUGCUCUGAACCUUACUUACCCAGAAACGGUGACUCCAUUCAACAUUGACAAACUGAAGGAAGCUGCAAAGUAUGGACCAAAUCCGCCACCAGCGAAAACCGGUGCUAAAUACAUCAUAAGGGAUGACGGACAGAGGCUUGAUCUCCGAUACCUGAAAGAUCCACAUUUAGAAGUAGGAUAUAAGGUUGAGAGGCACUUGGUUGAUGGAGCUGAAGUUUCAGAACUUAUGAUGGUUCCCAAAUGUAUUGUGUCACCUCAAUCAAAUAAGCCGGUUAUGGGGAUUGUUCAGGAUACCCUUCUCGGAAGCCAUUUAAUAACCAAGAGAGAUAAUUUUAUCGAAAAGGAUGUAUUCAUGAACAUUUUGAUGUGGUGGGAAGAUUUUGAUGGAAAGGUACCAGCUCCAACCAUUUUGAAGCCAAAGCCUCUUUGGACAGGGAAGCAAGUUUUUAAUCUUAUUAUAUCUAGACAGAUAAAUCUCCAAAAAAGAGCAGCAGAUGAUGAUAAAGGACCGCUUACUCCUGGAGACACUCGAGUUUGCAUUGAGAAAGGGGAGUUACUUUCUGGUACCUUAUGCAAGAAGACCCUCGGACCUUGUGUUGGAAGUCUCAUUCAUAUUAUCUGGGAAGAAGUUGGUCCUGAUGCGGCUCAGAAAUUUCUUGGACUCACGCAGUGGCUUGUUAACUACUGGAUUUUGCAGAAUGGCUUUAGUGUUGGAAUUGGGGAUACUAUUGGUGACGCUGAUACAAUGGAAAAAAUUAAUAUACGUAUCUCAGAAGCAAAGAAUAAAGUGAAAGAACUCAUCAAGAAAGCUCAGGAAAAGAAUCUGGAGCCUGAACCUGGUCGAACUAGGAUGGAAUCAUUUGAAAAUCAAGUAAAUAAGAAAAGUUUAUCAGAAAGUAACAAUCUUAAGGCAAUGGUUACAGCUAGAUCGAAGGAAAGUUUCGUCAAUAUCUCUCAAAUGACUGCUUGCGUGGGGCAGCGGAAUGUUGAGGGUAAGCGAAUUCCCUUUGGAUUCGUUGAUAGGACCCUGCCUCAUUUUACCAAGGAUGAUUUUGGACCAGAAAGCCGUGGUUUUGUGGAGAACUCAUAUUUACGUGGGUUGACACCACAGGAGUUCUUCUUCCAUGCUAUGGGUGGUAGGGAAUGUAUUAUUGAUACUGCUGUUAAAACUUCUGAGACGGGUUACAUCCAAAGGCAAUUAAUGAAGGCCAUGGAGGAUAUCAUGGUCAAGUAUGAUGGUACUGUUAGGAAUUCCCUUGGAGAUGUGAUUCGGUUUCUCUAUGGCGAAGACGGCAUGGAUUCUGUAUGGGUUGAAUCACAAAAGCUGGAAUCUCUAAAUGUCAAAAAGCCUGAUUUUGAUUCCCGGUUUAAAUUUGAACUUGAUGACAAAGAUUGGGAUCCCGAUUAUAUGUUUCCAGAAAAAGUUGAGAAACUUGAAACCGACAGGCUCCAACUGGCAACAGAGAUUGCUACUUCAGGUGAUGAUAUAUGGCCUCUACCGGUGAAUAUCAAGAGGCUUAUUUUAAAUGCACAGAAGAUCUUUAAAAGUGACUUCCGAAGGCCCUCAGACAUGAACCCAAUAGAGGUUGUUGAUGCUGUUGAUAAAUUGCAAGAAAGGCUUACGGUUGUACAUGGUGAUGAUUAUCUUAGUAAGGAAGCACAAAAGAAUGCUACUGAUUUCUUCAAUAUAUUACUUCGUAGUGCCUUGGCUAGUAAAAGGGUUUUGAAUGAGUAUAGACUUACGAAGGAAGCAUUCCAUUGGGUUAUUGGUGAAAUAGAAUCGCAGUUUUCCCAGUCACACGUCGCUCCAGGGGAAAUGAUUGGCUGUAUUGCAGCUCAAUCUAGGUUGAAAGAAAUUAUCAAUGUUGCAAAGAAUAUAAAAACACCUUCCCUCUCUAUAUAUCUGAAGCCUAUUCCGGGAAUUACAGAUGACUUUGCAAAAUCAGAUGAGACCAGAAAGAAGAAAGCAAAAGAGCGUCACACAAGCCGCAGAAGUUUGGUACGAUCCAUAUCCCCUGAGUACCAUAAUCCGGAAAAUGAUAAAUUUGUCCAGUUAUAUUAUGAGAUGCCAGAUGAGGAGACUGAUCCUGAUAAGAUCUCUCCUUGGUUGCUCCGUAUAGAGUUAGAUCGGACAAUGUUGCUGGAUAAGAACUUAAUGACUGACAUUGCCGCAAAGAUUGAACUCGAGUUUGGUGGUGAUCUUAUUUGCAUAUUCAAUGAUGAUAAUGCUGAUAAGUUGAUCUUACGCAUUCGUAUCAUGAAUGAUGAAGCUGCUAAGGGUGAAUCAAACAACGAAUCUGGUGAGGAUGAUGUCUUCCUGAAAAAGAUAGAGAACAACAUGCUCACUCAAAUAGCACUUCGGGGCAUCCCGGGUAUUAAUAAAGUAUUCCUGAAGCAUAUUAAACCGAACAAGUUUAAUGAGGAAGAAGGAGGAUUUAAGGCCAGAAUUGAGUGGAUGUUGGAUACUGAAGGAGUUAAUCUUCUGGCAGCUAUGUGUCUUGAAGAUGUUGAUGGGAGGAGGACCACCAGCAAUAACUUGAUUGAAGUUAUUGAAGUUCUUGGAAUUGAGGCAGUUCGCAAGACAUUGCUGGAUGAGUUGCGUGUUGUGAUAUCAUUUGAUGGAUCCUAUGUGAACUAUCGACAUCUUGCAAUAUUGUGA